CACAACCAACCCCCAAAAUAACAAAACCACCCAGAAACCAAAAAGAACACAAAAAUAAAUUUAUUAUUAAAAAAACAAAAACAAAAUUAUACCCCAAACACACAGUGCACACAAGGGUAGGCCAAAAAAGAAAAAAAGUAACCUUCCUAUUUUACUUGAUCUUCUCAUUUAGUCAAUUCACAAAGACUCAACCAUUCAUUAGAAAUUAAAAAUUUUCAAAAACACAAAAUAGACAAAACAAAAACAAAAAAAUAUACUAACAAUAUGGAAUAUGUAGAGACAGACCCAAGAAAGAAAGACUGUUCUUUUUUGUUCAUUUUUAAUUUCUUUUGUUUUUAUUCCUUUCAAAUCAACUCCCUUUUUUUCUCUCUUUUAUUUCUUCGCAAUUUCCUAUCAUUGCUCUCUCAUCACAAUCACAAUUAUUAUUUCUCUCUUUCUAUAUCUACACAUUGUACAUGUAUAUAUACAUACAUUCAUGUCCUUUUGUGCGUCAAAAUUUGCCCCAAUUUCUCUCUCUCCUUUUGUUUUCUUGUAGAGCGAGAGAGAGAUUAUAUAUUGUUUGUUUAUCGCAGAAACCCUAGUUUUUGUUUUUGGGUGUCUCUCGAUUUCUAGGUUUGAAAAAAAGCUGUGAUUUUGAUCUUCAAUGGAGGCCGCUUCUGAAGGGGAGAACAAUAAGAACAACAGUGACAGCAGUCCGAUUGAGGGGCCGAAGAAGCCUAAGAGACAGAUGAAGACUCCUUAUCAGUUGGAAAUCCUCGAAAAGACCUACGCUUCGGAGACCUAUCCGUCGGAGGCGACGAGGGCGGAGCUAUCGGUGAAAUUGGGGUUGUCAGAUAGGCAAUUGCAGAUGUGGUUUUGUCAUAGAAGGUUGAAGGAUAAGAAAGAUGGGGGUGUGAAGAAGCCCCCAGCUAGCGGGGCGGUGGUGGCGAAGAGGGGGUUGUUAGAUUCUGAUAGGGAUGAAUUAAUGGUAGCUGAGAGAGGUAGUGAUCAUGGAUCAAGGUCUGGGUCUGGGUCGGAGUCAGGGUCGGGUUCGAGUCAGUUUGAUUAUGGGGGUGGUGUGCCGAUGGUGGGAAGGUAUUAUGAGUCUCCCCGGUCGGUAAUGGAGCGUAGAGUGGUAGCUUGUGUGGAGGCACAGCUGGGAGAGCCAUUGAGGGAGGAUGGGCCAAUUCUUGGGGUGGAUUUUGAUGAACUUCCACCGGGUGCAUUUGGGGUACCUAUAGUGAUGACAAAGCAGCGGGACCAAUCUGGGGUUUCUUAUGGGGGCAAAUCAUUUGAGCAAUGUGAUCUCAAGUCAAUCAAAGCUGCUGUUAGGGGUCACCGUGAAUGUCUUCUUGAUGAGCCUAGCAUCGGAUUUGAUUCAUAUGGACGACUUAUUCCAUCGAACUUCUAUGAUUCACCUGUUGAGUGUCCUAGGGCCAAUCCUUCAGUGCUUGUGCAUGGUAAUGGACAAUUAUCUAGGGGAUAUGGAGUCCAAGGUCAGGUACAGUCUGUUAGUUUAUCAUCUCAGCAAGGUAGGCAGGGACAUUUUUCAUCACCAUCUGGGGAUAAUAACUGCAUUGCGCAAAGGGAGUCCUUAAUAAACAUGCAAUUGGAUGCUUCAGACAGUGCACAUCCAGCAAUAGUGCCAGAAAAUACAGAUGCAUCUGAUAGGCACAUUUCCAAUAGUGAAUAUGGCUUGCAGAUGGAGAAAAAACGCAAGAGUGAUGAAUCUAGAAUUGGAAGGCAAGUUGAUGCCAAUGAAAAAAGGAUCCGGAAAGAGCUUGAGAAACAAGAUAUCUUGAGGCGUAAGAGAGAAGAGCAAAUGAAAAGAGAAAUGGAGAAGCAAGACCGGGAAAGGCGGAAGGAAGAAGAGAGGUUGAUGCGUGAAAAGCAGCGACUGCAGGAGAGAUUUGAACGUGAAGAAAGACGUGAAAUUGAACGGAGGGAGAAAUUUUUGCAGAAGGAAUCUUUGAGAGCUGAGAGAAAGAGGCAAAAAGAAGAGCUUCGCAGAGAGAAGGAAGAAGUGAGAUUGAAAGCUUCUCUUGAGAGGGCAACAGCACGCAGAAUGGCCAAGGAAUCCAUGGAGUUGAUUGAGGAUGAACGGUUGGAAUUAAUGGAAUUGGCUGCUUCAAGCAAGGGAUUACCUUCAAUAAUUUCUCUUGACCAUGACACACUGCAAAACCUUGAGUCUUUCAGGGAUUUGUUGUGUUCAUUCCCUCUCAAGUCUGUGCAGUUGAAAAGGCCAUUUGCAAUUCGACCCUGGACUGAUUCAGAGGAGAACAUUGGAAACCUUCUAAUGGUCUGGAGAUUCUGUAUUACUUUUGCUGAUGUUCUGGGGCUCUGGCCUUUCACCCUUGAUGAAUUUGUUCAGGCUUUUCAUGACUAUGAUUCAAGAUUGCUGAGCGAGAUACACAUUUCUCUUCUGAAAUUGAUCAUCAAAGAUAUUGAAGAUGUUGCGAGAACACCCUCCACUGGGUUAGGAACAAAUCAAUGUAGUUCUGCUAAUCCUGAAGGUGGACAUCCACAGAUUGUUGAAGGGGCAUAUCUUUGGGGUUUUGACAUAUGCACCUGGAAGAACCACUUAAACCCGUUGACGUGGCCUGAAAUAUUGCGGCAGUUUGCACUGUCAGCAGGUUUUGGGCCACAGUUGAAGAAGAAGGGUAUUGAUAGGGCAUGCUUACAUGAUAAAGAUGAGACUAAAGGUUGUGAAGAUAUAAUUUCUGUUCUACGCAAUGGUUCUGCGGCUGAAAAUGCAGUUGCAAUUAUGCAAGAAAAAGGUUUUCCUCUUCAGCGCAGAUCAAGGCAUCGGUUGACUCCUGGAACAGUCAAAUUUGCAGCUUAUCAUGUUCUCUCUCUUGAGGGAAACAAAGGCCUGACAGUGUUAGAACUUGCACAUAAAAUUCAGAAAUCUGGACUUCGUAACCUAACAACAAGCAAGACACCGGAGGCUUCUAUUUCUGUUGCAUUAUCAAGGGAUGCAGUCCUUUUUGAAAGAACAGCUCCUUCCACAUAUUGUGUACGGCCUGCUUUUAGAAAGGAUCCUGCUGAUGCUGAGGCUUUGCUUGCAGCAGCCAGAGAGAAAAUAAAGCGAUUUGAAAAUGGUUUUUUAUCUGGGGAAAAUGCUGAUGAUGUUGAAAGAGACGAAGACUCUGAAGGUGAAGGCGCUGAUGGUCCUGAAGUUCAUGAUUUAGGUUCGCCAAAUGCAAACAAAAACAGCAGUAAUGAAGAUAGCACUAACUCAGGAAAUGAAAAGGAUAAUUUCCUAGACGAUGUCACGCUAAAUAUGCAAAAUGAGCCUGGUACUGCAGGCACUUCUGUCAAUCAAUUUAUUGAUGAUUCUGGUAAAGAUAAUGUUGCAAUUAUCCCUUAUCAAGGAGAUACAGAGAUCGAUGAAAGCAAAUCGGGUGAACCAUGGGUUCAAGGACUUACUGAAGGUGAAUAUUCAGAUCUUUCUGCAGAGCGUCUCAACGCUCUUGUUGCCUUGGUUGGCAAAGCCAAUGAAGGAAACUCAAUUCGUGCUGUUCUUGAGGAUCGCCUGGAUGCAGCAAAUGUUCUUAAAAAGCAAAUGUGGGCUGAGGCACAAUUAGAUAAAAAGCGCAUCAAAGAAGAGAGUAUUCCCAAGUUUCUUUACUCUUCUUUUACGGGGAAUGAAACUGAGAUAAAACAGGCCUGUGCUGCAACAGAGAGCAGCCAAAGCCCAUUGGCUGGUUUUGACGACAAAAUUUCUGAGUCACCUCCCAACACAGUAAAGAAAGAGUCUUUCGUUGGGGCAGACAAUGUGCAGGAUCACCUCAACAGUUUACCUCCAGAUAGAAUCCUGGUGGGACCCGAUAACUCCAUUUGUCAAAUUAGUUCCUCAGUUCAGCAAAAUGGGUAUGCUGCCGAAAGGUCACGCUUGCAGUUGAAAACUUAUAUUGGCCACAGAGCAGAAGAAAUGUACAUAUACAGGUCCUUGCCUCUUGGUCAAGAUCGAAGGCGUAAUCGUUACUGGCGAUUUGUUGCAUCUGCUUCUAGACAUGAUCCUGGUUCUGGCAGGAUCUUUGUUGAAUCACCUGAUGGCUAUUGGAGGCUUAUUGAUUCUGAAGAGGCAUUUGAUGCUCUUUUAGCGUCCUUGGACACACGUGGGAUUAGGGAAUCUCAUUUGCACAUAAUGUUGCGAAACAUUGAGAAGUCAUUCAAGGAAAACGUAAGAAAGAAUUCUCAAAGUGCUAGUAUUAUGGGCAGAAGUGUAAAUGUUGGUAAUGAAGCUGCCGAAAUGGAUUCUAGUCCUGCUCAAAGUGGGGGUGCUGACAGUCCUAGCAGUACUGUUUCUGGCUCCAAUUCUAUUACCAGUGAACCAUCAUCCUCUUUUAGAAUUGAGCUUGGGAAGAAUGAAACUGAGAAAAAGGCUGCUAUGGAAAGAUAUCAAGAGUUCCAGAUGUGGAUGUGGAAAGAAUGCUUCAAUUCAUCAACUUUAUUUGCCAUGAGAUAUGGAGAGAAAAGAUGCAGACCACUAUUAGGAAUUUGUGAUUUUUGUCUCGACUCAUAUAUUGUUGAAAACGACCACUGCCCUUCUUGCUACAGGUCAUUUGGCACCUUUGAUAACAAGAUAAAUCUUUCUGAACAUGUGCCCUUGUGUGAAGAGGAAAGGAAAGAAAGCCGCAAGAACUCUAAUAUUUCAAAAUUUUGUCAUCCCUUGAGAAUCAGAUUGCUCAGGGCCUUGUUAACUGUCAUUGAGGUUUCCGUUCCAUCCGAGGCUCUUCAAUCUUCUUGGAUGGAGAACUGUAGGAAGACUUGGGGUAUUAAGUUACAUGCUUCAUUGUCUGCUGUGGAUCUUCUACAGAUUUUGACCGAGUUUGAGGCUGUCAUCAAACGGUGUUGUUUAUCCACACUUUUUGAGACAACAGAUGAAUUGUUGGCUGUCUCUGCUCUAUCAGGAAGAGGUGUAUGUGAUUCUGCCGAUGCUGGAUCAGUUCCUCAACUUCCUUGGAUACCGCAGACCACUGCUGCUGUCGCUCUUAGGCUUUUGGAGCUUGAUGGCUCCAUUUCCUACACAGGGGAUCAGAAAGCCGAGCUUCUUGAUAACAAUGAAGUGGAAGAUUUCACAAAGCUUCCAUCGAGGUAUGCUUUUAUGAAGAAUAUUGAAGAGGUUGGACAACCAGAAGUGCACCAAGGCAAACACAGGAAAGAAAGGAAUAGCGCUGAUGUGGCUAACUUGUAUGGGAUCUCUGGAUAUAGGCAAGGGGUUCGUGGCCGUGGCCGUGUCCCUGGAAGGUCGCAAAAAAGAGUUACAGGUUCUGGCAAACGAAAUCUUAGAAAUGUCGUGACAUUAACCGAUGUACUUAGGCAGCAAGGACAGAGAACAGAUGGACAGAAACUUGGACGGGGUCGCCGAACCAUUAGGAGGAGGAGAGAAGAAAAGAGGGAAGUUCAGGAUCAGGAGACGCCGCCGAGUCAUUUCGGCAACAUAGGUGGCCUUAGGAAUUUUGUAGAGUCCCCAAGAAACUCUGGUGGAGAGUGGGUUGGUGAAGAGAUCGAGCAGAUGCAAAUCGAUGGUGCUGAUAAUAGUAACAGUUUGGAAGCCAUUGAAUCUGAUGACAAUGAUGAGUGUGCAGUGGGAUACGAAAAUGGGAAAUGGAGGACUGGGAAUUUGAUGGUGAUGAGUGAUGAGGAUGUUGAUGGUAGUGGGGAUGAUAACGAUUUCGAAGAGAUGGGAAGAGAAGCUUUUGAGGAAAAUAUGGUUAUGAAUGAGGAUUUCGAAGAGAUGGGAAGAGAAGCUUUUGAGGAAAAUGUAGAUAUGAAUGAAUAUUCGGAAGACAUGGGAAGAGAGGGUUUUGAGGCAAAUGUAGAUUUGAAUGGGGAUUCAGAUGGAAAUGGGGAUCAGAAUGAAGAUGAAAGCACAGAUUCAGCAGAUUCAGAAGAUUAUAGUGAUUAAAGACGGAAGUGGUGAUGGAUCAGAAGAAGCUUUAAGCAGGUUAAAUUUUUUCACAUGUUUCUUUUUGUACUAUUUAUUAUUCUUUUAGUGUAGCAUCUCUAGUAGGCUCAUCUGUGUAUAGGGGGGUAUAGAACAAAAUUGAAAUGCCGGUUUUAACUCUUUGUUUUUCUAGUUAGUUAAGAGAUACGUGUAUGUGAUCCAACCACCUGUUCAAAGAGCAUAAUGAGAGUGGAUUUGUACAUUUGGGAUAUAAUUUAUUAUCCUAAUGCCACCCUGUUUUGUUGCCAUA